AUGACCGGAAAUCACACAUCAGUGAGCUACUUUGUCUUCCUGGGGUUUGCCGACUACCCUGAGCUGAACUCAGUGCUCUCGGUAGCAUUUUUGUUAGCUUAUCUCAUCACUCUAGCUGGGAACCUUCUCAUUAUAAUCAUCACUCUGGCUGACUCUGCUCUUCACACCCCCAUGUAUUUCUUUCUCAGGAAUUUGUCCUUCCUGGAGAUUUGCUACACCUCAGUCACAAUCCCCAAGAUGCUCACCAGCCUCUUCUUGGACAACAAAACCAUCUCUUUCAUUGGCUGUGCAACACAGAUGUAUUUCCUUCUCUUCCUUGGAGGAACAGAAUGUUACCUGCUGGCCAUGAUGGCCUAUGACCGAUAUGUUGCCAUAUGUCAUCCACUGCAUUACCCGGUCCUUAUGAGCAGCCGUGUCUCUAUGGAGCUUGCAGCUGCUUCCUGGAUCACUAAUUUUCUGGUGUUAAUGGGUCAUAUUGCAGCCAUAUUCACUCUGCCCUUUUGCAGCUCUCAUGAAAUCAACCAUUUCUUCUGUGAUGUUCCCCCAGUAAUGGAACUAGCAUGUGGGGAUACCCAUGGGACUGAGAUUGCUAUUCUCCUGGUUGCCCUUUUUUUUGUCCUAGUCCCAUUUGUGCUCAUCCUUGUAUCUUAUGCUCAUAUUAUCUCCACCAUCCUGAAGAUGCCAUCUGCUGAAGGCAGAUACAAAGCUUUCUCCACCUGCUCCUCCCACCUCUUGGCAGUGAUCAUUUUCUAUGGGACAGCCUGUGCAGCUUACCUGAAGCCAAAAUCCAGCCACUCAGCAAAUGGUGACAAAAUCAUCGCCCUGUUCUAUUCUGUUGUGACACCAAUGCUUAACCCUAUCAUUUACAGCCUGAGGAACAAGGAUGUGAAAGAGGCUCUCAGGAGGCUAAGUAAAAAAAUGUGCUUCUGA